CAAUAUUUCUGAAUUAAAUAUAAUAAUAAUAGGUAUAAAAAACUUCAAUAGUUAUAUAAUAUAAUGCUUAUUUCAUUCUCAAAUAAGAACCGCGCUGAAGGAAUUUCAUAAUGCACUCUAAUUGCUGGAAAUAUGGUAAAAAGACUUGCGUAUAUGCUUCAGAAAUACAGACAUUCAUCUGCAAGCAUCGUGGCAGAAUUCUGACUCAUCAAAAUUUUCGGAAGAUUCUUUACCUUUAUGAAAAUUGGUGGAUAUGCGUAGGGCAACUGAAAUCUGUAAGAUUUGAACAAGACACAUUGUACUAUAUAGCAAGAAGAGCAUUUUGGUCCGCACUUACCGAUAGCGAGUACGUUUCAAAACUUAUGAUCUACAUUUACCAAGCAGAUGCUCAUUUUGGAUGUAUCCUUUGCCCAGGAAUAGGAACUUCCACACAGCUUUUCGAUGAUUUAGAGCAGAAUGAUUUGGUAGCAGAAUAUUUUCUUUUCCACCUUUAUAAAAAACAAGUUACGUUUAGCGGAAGACGAUUAGCCGAUGUAGAAGUGUUUUACAGGUCAUUGUGGCUACAUCCUUGUGAACUAUCGUUAAUUAUCGAAUCUCCUAAACUUCUUCAUUUGCUUUUAAGAUAUGGGGCCCUUAUACGACAAGAUACUGAAGACACACAUAUAAAUUGUAGAACUUCAUGCUACAGAACCACGGGAAAUAUUUUAUUUAUCAUACUUUGCAUCGUCAAGUCAAUUCUAGAAAUGAAUCCCCCUGGAUCAUCCAGACCAUGUCAAAAUCACUCACCAGCGCUUUUGACAAAAUACAAUGACCUAGUUCUAUGUGGAAGAAUAAUGCUUAGAGCUUCACCCCAGUUCGGACCAAAGGUCUUUUUCCGUUUAAUGUCUGGGAUCAUAGGGCGUUCGCUAUCUGAAAUGGACACUGCAAUAGAAUGGGUUACCAAGGUAGCACUUCCAGCGAUGGUCAACAGGACAUUAGUUCCCAUGGAACUAAAACAUAUCUGUAGGCUGGCCAUAAGAAAGCGUCUUCAUGCUCGCUGGGAGUUACCUCAUGGAAUCAAAACUCUGCAGCUACCUCUGGUCUUGCUUGAAUAUCUUGACUUAUAUCAUGAUUGAAUAACGCUUUGGUACCUACAUUUCUGCUUUCUUACUCAUAUCCAAUAAACAGCUCUUGCAUUAAAAAUUGUUAUUAAAAUAAUCCACUAUGUUUAAUUUAAAAAUUUUACUUAAAGAUGCUAAUGACUAGUUCCUAUGAAAUAUUACCCAUUUGUAAGAGUUUAUCACUCAAUACGUAUUAAGUUAUUUAUAAUUUGAAACUUUACUAUAACUUCUUCUUUCUGUAUUCCUCGUCAGAAUGCACAUGAGCAGCCAAUAUUUGAACUGAGUAUUUUAGAUUUUAUGGCUCAGCGUAUUUCUGGUGUUGCAUGAGAGCUGCGUUGUUAGUUUCCUGUUAGUUCUGAUAGUUGUAAUUAUUCGGCUUUGCGUUUUAUUGCUGCCGACGUUUUAAUUCUGAUGUUCCAGUAGAGUUAGUGACUGAGCUUCUGAUGGUGUUGAUUUGUGCAAUAUUUGACUACUGCUAAACGUUUGAUUUAAUUUAGAGUUUUAUAUUUUAUAUGACCCAACCACAAAUUGCGGAAAUUGAGGCAAGAUAUAGUGUUUUUGUGUUCUAAAUUCUGUUUAAAAAUAAAGGUUAUUUUUAACCUUCUCACGACUUUGUCGUUGUUUCAGACAUAGCGAUCCGCUUAACGUCGCUGUCCUGUGUUUACGUUAACCUCUGUUUAACCUCUAUUUGGGUUAUUGGACUA